AUGCCCAGUCGUCCGACUUCAACGAACAGCCGAGUUGGGGCCGAGGCCGCGGAGCUGCAACUGAUUGAGCCUCAGUGGGAUGAAGUGACCAUGUUCACCCCAUCGAAGAAGAGAAAGACAUCGGUGGCGAGUAGGUUUCAGGUCCCGUGGGCCUUGGGGGGGCCCAAAACUGACAUGUUCGAGGCAAAAGCAUGGGCUGUUUGGUUUCGGUGUGCAGAUUUUUGA